CGAGUUGCAUGCCGCAUGGACAUGAUGGAGGCUGGUGCUUGCCUGGAGUUUUACUGGCCGAUGUCACUGCUUUCUUGCCAUGAGAAGUGUAUAAUAUCUGGAUGAGUGGUGAUAGCGCUGAGCUCUGGCAGAGAGUUGGUUCAGGCGACCGGGUGUUCGAGGUGUACAUGAACUAACUUUAUGUGACAGUCUUGUCCUGCCAGUCCUGCUGCAACAGUGCAGCUCCAACCGGCCAUAUCAGGCGUAUGCCAAUGCAGUUGUUGUUGUAGUUGUUUCACGGAAGUAUUAGUUGGCUCCACAAUGGAUGCUCAGGAAGAGCCUUACCCGAACAGCAGCGGGUACGUUUCUGACGCGAGUACGAACUGGUCAAGCCAAACCAGCCCGGCAGAAGGGCUUGAAGUCGAUUCUGGCGAGCGGGUGCUUGACCUGGAAAAGUCAAUAACUAUGUUGCUUACUGCCGGUGACGUUGAUGCCGCCCGUUCUUUGUUCCAGUUUGCCUCGUUUGCCAAGGAAGCCGAGCACCAAGGUCGGAUUUCGACGCAGAAAGAGCCGGCAGAGCAGCCGCCCGCACUCCAUGGCCACCAGUCCCUUCAAGCUGAGCACCGGGCCCAGGCGAGACAGCGCGACGCAACACGCGACGCAACGCCGGCGGAACUCGCAUUGCGGGCGGAACUGGAUGCAAUGCGGGCGGAACGUGAUGCCCUGCGGGUGCAAUGUGACGCAGCUAGGGUGGAAAGCGAAGCAAUGCGAGCGCAACGUGAUGCACUGUGGGCAAAAUUCCACGUCGGGAAGCAAAAUCAAAGCGGCAUUGUUGAAUUUGCGGCACGGAGUUUGCUACCACCGAAAUCAGUUGGAAGGCCACAAGGAAGUUCCAUCGCAGAAGCUCUAUACGAGAAAGCAAGUUUGAGGGGGACAGUUGGUGAAGAGGCUCGCUAUUCCCUUAUUAUUGGUCCACCGCCGCCAUCUCUUCCAAACCCCAAAGCCAAUUGGAAACGGGUUGGAGAGCUUCCAAUGGCCGGUAAGGGCCAUUAUCUUGAGUCGAUGGCAUAUGUUGAUGGACAUCUCUACGUAACCCUGCAGGAACUGUGUUCAGGCAAGUGCAGUAUCUGGACUGGACCUCUCGGAAAUCGGGAGGUGGACUGGUUGGCCAAAGAUCCGCCGACAAUAGAGCAGAAUGCUCUUGAGCAUCCGCCUACAAGCGGACAGCGCAAUAAGCGCGAGGAACCCCCACACCUUCUGGUCCAAUCCCACAUGUCCUUCCUGUUCCUGAUAGUGCAGUUCCCUUCACAACCAUCUAUCGUGUACAUUGAACAACCUGAGGGCUGGUGUCGUCUUGUGCAGCUCCCAGCGUAUCGCCGACGAUUUGGGAUUGUAAUAACCGACGGGCUUCUCAUAAUAGUCGGAGGCUUCACUGAUGUGGAGUCUCCCUCUCGUGCGCAGCCUGAUAUAAUUUCCUGCGACUUGAUUGACGCCACCACCAGAGGAAAACCACGGUGGAUAGAUUGGCCAAACCUUCCUCAGAGCGUCGGCACAUUGACCCGCACUGGUACGGCUGAUCGCGGCUAUUUGCACGUGAUCGGCCAAAAAUAUGAACGGGAUUACAGCUCGUGGCCUGUGUACUCAAAGGAUCUCUCUUCACCCAUAGCCGAUAGUAACUGGCAAGCUAAUAUACUUCCCAACUGUCCCAUCAUAGGUGGUGUGCUGCGAAAGAUCAAUGAUUGCCUAGUAUGCAUUGUUAAAGAAUUCAACCCAGCAGCACAGAUGAGAAUGUAUCUUUUUUCACCUAGAGACAACCAAUGGCUCCGUUUGCCAAUUGCUGACGACCUACCCGGUCAUCUAACGUAUGGCGCGAAUGGCCGAAUGUUUCACUUCCAGGCCAAUGGACAAAUGCAGGAGCUGAUUUGGCAAUAGGCAUGGUAUCUUGCACAUGCUCGUUGUUUGCUCAUCUCUGCUCGCACCAAUUUCCAGGUCACUAGCCAUCUCCCCCCCCCCCACAC